UAAGUCAAAAUGAACGGGUAGUUAAGGAACCAAAAUUCCCAUUCAGGUUUUUACUCGAGCUUUUUCCAACAAGGACAACAAGGAUCUUUAUUUCCUGUGCAACAUCCGUGAAGGAAACAAGCGCUGCAGCUGAGGUCUCAUCCUCUGUGUGAUUUCCAGACUUGAUGCUAGUUUGAAUACAGUGUCUUCGAUCUCUCAUCAUGAUGCGUUACUGGGGGGAGAUCCCCGGACCUGCGGGCGCACCUCCCAGCCGCAGCUCCUUUGACCUGCUCCAGCGCGAGUUCCGCUCCGUGGAGAUGCAGGACCCCCCCCUGCACCAGCCCUCGGCCCAGCGUCCGCGGCCCACCACGAUGCUGGACAUCCCCUCAGAGCCCUGCAGCCUCACCAUCCACACAGUGCAGUUGUGUCAGCAUGCCCGCAGACUCCGUGGCCUAUUGACAGCGGCCCAGGGUCAAGGUCAGAGCUCAGCGUCUAAUGAAGGCGGCAGCAGGAUGGAGGAAGCUGAUACCAACCUUCCGCCACGUCCUCCCACCCCACCUAUCAUGCCAGAUGAUCUGCUGCCUGUUGACAGCAAAGCACCACGGCAACCCUUCCAGCUUCGCCACAGUGACCCUGAAAGUGACUUUUAUAAGGGUAAAGGCGAACCUGUCACAGAGCUGAGCUGGCCCUCCUGCAGGCAGCUCCUCUACCAAUCAGUGGCCACUGUGCUGGCACACGCUGGCUUUGAGUCGGCUCAGGAGAGCGUGCUGGAGACGCUGACCGACCUGGUCCAUGAGCAUUACCUGCGCCUCACCCGCCUGCUGCGGGUGGCGGUGGACCGGGAAGCGCGGCUUGGGGCGAGUCCCUUCCCAGACGUGGUGGAGCAAGUGUUCCAUGAGGUGGGCAUCGGCAGCGUGCUGGCCCUGCAGCGCUUCUGGCAAGUGAGGAUCAAAGAUUAUCACAGCUACAUGCUUCAGGUCAGUAAGGAUCUGUCAGAGGAAUACGAGCGGCUUGUGAACCCAGAGAAAGCUCUGGAGGAUUCCAAGCCACUGAGGAUUAAGGAGGAGCCCAUGAGUGACAUCUCCUUCCCAGUCAGUGAGGAGCCCGAAGCCGACCUGGCCUCUGGAGACCAGGCUCUGCCCAUCGGGGUCCUCGGGGCCCACGGUGAAAGGCUGGCUUCAGGUCUGGAUGCCGACCAUUCUCCUCACACGUCGGGUGGGGGCGGGGCCAACAACUCCCCCCUGUGGCCGCAGGUUAAAAUGGAGCCGCAGGAUGGCGAGGACGGCCACACUUCAGGCCACCACCAUCACCACGGUGUCCUGGGUGGGGAUGUGUUCGAGGAGGGAGGCCCCAUGUCCACCAUGAGCGAAUCGGGAGGAACCAUGGCGCCCUCGCCUGGUGGUGCGACCUCAGAAGCCAGCUAUGCCUCGCAUUCACCUGACUCCUUGAUGGGCUCUUCACCCGUCUUCAACCAGAGGCCCAAGAAACGGGCGAAGAAGAUGUGAAGUGUUGGAGGAGACAGUGGACAUGUUACUAAACUGCUCCAGCUGCUGAGAUCAUGGCCUCUGGAUAAACUGACUGAGACGUUCAUGUCAUGAAAGAACUGAACUAAUGGGAGUGGGGGGGGGUAGUUUGUAGUUUUUCUUGUAGUUCCUCUCAAAAAGCUUAAUAUGUUGGCACUAAAUAUAUCAAUGCGGUUUAUCGUCAAAUUAAAAUUUGACUUAAUUGUUUAAAAAAACCCUCAAGAGAUGAAAAAAACAAUCUUUCAGUUAACCUAAUAAAUUAUAGAACACGAAAAACAA